AUGGCAGCUCGGACACGCGGGGCAGCCUUGCGGCUCUGCGCCAUAGUUUUUUUACUUGAGAUGGCUUUCUGUAAAGGAUAUGUAGAAGAUUUAGAUGAAUCAUUUAAGGACAAUCGAAAAGAUGACAUUUGGCUUGUAGAUUUUUAUGCACCAUGGUGUGGUCAUUGUAAAAAACUGGAGCCGAUUUGGAAUGAAGUUGGUCUUGAAAUGAAAAACAUUGGUUCGCCAGUUAAAGUUGGAAAGAUGGAUGCUACUUCCUAUUCUAGCAUUGCUUCAGAGUUUGGAGUUCGAGGUUAUCCAACAAUUAAGCUAUUAAAAGGGGACUUGGCAUAUAAUUAUAGAGGACCACGAACUAAAGAUGAUAUUAUUGAGUUUGCUCACAGAGUAUCUGGAGCACUAAUUCGGCCACUUCCAAGUCAGCAGAUGUUUGAACAUGUGCAGAAAAGACAUCGUGUAUUUUUUGUUUAUAUAGGUGGAGAGUCAACUUUGAAGGAGAAAUAUAUAGAUGCCGCUUCAGAAUUAAUUGUAUAUACAUACUUCUUUUCUGCCUCAGAAGAAGUGGUUCCUGAGUACGUGACUCUGAAGGAGAUGCCCGCCGUGCUUGUUUUCAAAGAUGAAACUUACUUUGUGUAUGAUGAGUAUGAAGAUGGUGACCUGUCAUCUUGGAUCAACAGGGAGAGGUUUCAGAAUUACCUGACUAUGGACGGCUUCCUCUUGUAUGAACUUGGAGAUACAGGAAAGCUUGUGGCUAUUGCAGUUAUUGAUGAGAAAAAUACAUCAAUUGAACAUACCAGAUUGAAGUCAAUUAUUCAGGAAGUUGCUAGAGAUUACAGAGAUCAGUUCCACAGGGAUUUUCAGUUUGGACUUAUGGAUGGGAAUGACUAUAUAAAUACCUUGCUGAUGGAUGAAUUGACUGUCCCAACUGUAGUUGUACUGAAUACUUCAAACCAGCAGUACUUUUUACUAGAUAGACAGAUCAAGAAUACUGAAGACAUGGUCCAGUUCAUCAAUAGCAUUUUGGAUGGCACAGUAGAAGCCCAAGGAGGUGAUAGCAUUUUGCAGAGAUUGAAAAGAAUGGCAUUUGAUGCUAAAUCUACUGUUGUGUCCAUAUUCAAAAGCUCUCCGAUCAUGGGCUGCUUCCUCUUCGGCCUGCCUCUGGGUGUCAUCAGCAUCAUGUGCUAUGGCAUUUACACAGCUGACACAGAUGGAGGCUACAUAGAAGAGCGGUAUGAAGUGUCCAAAAGCGAAACUGAAAGCCAGGAAGCGACGGAGGAGAGCAGAGAACUGCAGGAGCCAAGGAGCGAACAGUCUCUAAUAUCUGCCAGGCAAGAGCCCAAGGAUGUAUUAGAGAAGAAGACAGAUUGA